AUCCCUUUCAAAGCACAAAGAGCUAGCAAUAACACCCAUGUUUUUGGGCGGAACCGCUUCAUAUUAUUUCCCAAUCACAAGGGGAUACGUUUUACUCACAGACAUCUUCAUUAUGUAAAACCAUAAAAUAAUCCUCAGCAUUCCUUGAAUCCAUUAAGUUGUGUGUGUUCUGUUUUUCUGCCCUUUUCAUUCUUCAGCGGAAGCAGGAUUAAAACGGUUUAACAGCAAAAAUUCUGAAUUGUUGUUACUAGCGGUAUUGGUAAGAAACAUUAAACAUAAUUGAAUCACUAGAGGAAAAUGAGGAAAUCUACAAGCUUUGGUAAAUGGAAUUCUAUGGGUCAUUUAUCUGAGAAGAUUAAUGCUCAGGGAGGUCCUUUAUUGGCCGAGGAACACAUCACCGCAGUACCCAGAAGCAGCCAAUUAAACUAUGAAACCCUGAAGGUUACAACUCAGGACAAUAUAACAACUAUAACAAUGAACCGGCCAAAGAAAAAAAAUGCACUUAGUCUUCAGAUGUAUAAAGAAAUUGCACUAGCGCUCGACGAAGCAGCAAGAAAUGAUUGUGUUCUUACUGUUCUAACAGGAUUUGGUGAUUAUUUUAGCAGUGGUAAUGAUCUUACCAACUCAUUGAAGAGAGUCUUUGAAACAACUGAAGAAAAGAUAAACACAUCAUUUAAUCCUUUUAGGGAUUUGGUGAGUAAAGUCAUUGACUUCCCAAAGCCUCUCAUUGCUGUUGUGAAUGGUCCUGCCGUUGGGGUCUCUGUGACAAUCCUUGGUCUCUUUGACCUUGUGUAUGCUACUGACAGGGCCACAUUUCAAACACCUUUUAGCAAGUUAGCGCUGUGUCCAGAGGCAUGCUCAUCUUAUACAUUUCCUAAAAUAAUGGGCUUAGCCAAGGCUACUGAAGUACUAGUGUUCAACAAGAUACUGACAGCCCAUGAUGCUUGCAACUUGGGGCUAGUUACUGAGGUCUUCCCAGAUAGUAGUUUUCAAAAGGAAGUCUGGACAAAAAUAAAAGAUUAUGCGAAACUACCCAAAAAUGCUCUGGCAUACUCCAAGCAGCUGAUUCGUAAUGUGGAAAAGGAGAAACUUCAUGCAGUUUGUGAGAAGGAAUUGGAGCUUUUACACAAAAUAGCGACUUCUGAUGAAGCUAUCAAUGCUGUUAUGCAAUUCUUCAACAAAUCAAAGCUGUAAUUUUGAAUGAAUUCGGGAGGUUCAGAGAAUGCAGGAUGAAUGGUUAUUUCAACAUAUCCUACUAUUGCAUACAAAACCCCUCAUGAAAUUAGUGCAUAAAAACACAUUUAGGAUAUCUUAUUUUGUUUUAGUGACAGUUGUGUAACAAUAAUGCAGAUGAUAGUUGCUGUAAGAGGUCCCAGUCAAUUUACACAGGUUCUUCCUUACAAAUGAAUGGGAGAUUGCGCAGAAUUUCAAGCCACUCAAGUUUCUCCACAUCAUAUUUGUCAAACCAUGACUUUCUGGACAUUGCUUUGCAGUAAAGGCCUUUCCGAAACUGGUGCCACAAA